AAUCCCCCUUCGCCGCUCAAUGAAUGAUUCUCAACCCUUACGUAACAUGGCCGCCCGGGUGACUUCACCGUAAACCGGCGGCGCGGUUUUUAUUGCUCGCGCGGGCUGAGCGGGCGGGCGGCGCUUUUUGGAGGAGGAGGGGAGUCGGGGAGGAGCGCGGAGCCAUGGCGGAGCAGGAGGCCUUCUUCCAGCAGCUGCUCACCAACCUCAUGAGCCCCGACAAUGGCGUUCGCAAGCAAGCCGAGGAAGCGUAUGAAGCAAUUCCUGGGCCUUCAAAGUUGUCCUUCCUCAUGAGCGCCGUGAGGAAUGGAUCUGGUGCAGAAGAGACACGGCAGAUGGCGGCGGUGCUCGCUCGACGGCUGCUGUCCUCGUCGUUCGAGGAGGUGCACCCGGCGCUGCCCCCCGAGCUGCAGCUCGCCCUGCGCCAGCAGCUGCUGCUGGGCGCCCAGGACGCCUCGCUAAGCCCGAACCUGCGCGCCAAGAUCAGCGACAUCAUCGCCGAGCUUGCCCGCAACCUCAUCGACGACGAUGGAAAUAACCAGUGGCCAGAGGUGCUGAAGUUCCUCUUUGACUGUGUGAGCUCCCAGAAUCCCCUGCUGCGAGAGGCUGCCCUUCACAUUUUCUGGAAUUUCCCCGGCAUCUUUGGCAAUCAGCAGCAGCACUACAUUGACGUGAUCAAGCAGAUGCUGGUCCAGUGCAUCCAGGAUCAGGAAAACCCCAAGGUUCGGAUUCAAGCGGCCAAGGCGACUGCCUCCUUCGUGCUGUCUCAGGAGCAUCUGCCGGUCCAGAAGCACUUUGCAGACCUCCUGCCCGGAAUUUUGCAGGCGGUGAAGGACUCCCUGCUCCUGCUCGACGACGACUCGGUGCUCAAGUCGCUCGUGGACCUCGCCGACACCUGCCCCAAGUACCUCAAGGGCCACCUGGAGGACACCCUGAAGCUCGCCCUGCAGAUCUGCGAGGAUAGCAACAUGGGCAACAUGAGGAGGCACCUGGGCCUGGAGGUGAUUGUGACACUGGCCGAGGCCGCCCCGGCCAUGUUGCGAAAGCAGAAGGAGAUCAUCUCGUUGGCAGUCAUUCGGAUGCUCGACCUCAUGGUGGAUCUGGAGGACAACGAGCUGUGGUCGACAUGUGACGAGCUGGAGGACGAAGACUAUGACAGUAAUGCGGUGGCGGGGGAGAGUGCGCUGGACCGGCUGGCGUGCGGUCUCGGAGGAAAGACGGUCCUGCCUUAUGUCACCCCAAGGAUCGGCAGCAUGUUGCCCAGCCAGGACUGGAAGCACCGGCAUGCGGCCCUCAUGGCUCUGUCGGCCAUCGGCGAGGGCUGCCACCAGCAGAUGGAAUCAAUGCUUCCCGAAAUCCUCAACUACGUGUUGCCCUUCCUGAGUGACCCGCAUCCCAGGGUGCGCUACGCCUCGUGCAACGCUCUGGGGCAGAUGGCCACCGACUUCGCGCCCACCUUCCAAAAGAAGUUCCACGACAAGGUCGUGUCCGGCCUGCUCAUGGCGAUAAAGGACAACGACAACCCACGGGUGCAGGCCCACGCGGCGGCUGCCCUCAUCAACUUCACGGAGGACUGCCCCAAGACGUACCUGCUGCCCUACCUGGACAGCCUCCUCGACCACCUGGAAGCCAUCCUCAACGUCAAAUUGCAGGAGAUGGUGAUGAACGGGAAGAAGCUGGUGCUGGAGCAGGUGGUGACGGCCGUGGCGUCUGUUGCCGACACGGUGGAGGAGCGCUUCGUGCUGCACUACGACCGCUUCAUGCCCAAGCUCAAGUACAUCGUUGAGCGCGCCACCGAGAAGGAGAUGAGACUGCUGCGUGGCAAGACCAUCGAGUGCAUCAGCCUCAUCGGCCUGGCCGUCGGGCAGCAGAAGUUUAUGGCUGACGCGGCGGCCGUGAUGCAGCUGCUGCUGAACACACAGACGGAGUCGACGCAGCUGGAGGACGACGACCCACAGAUCUCGUACAUGAUCUCGGCGUGGGCGAGAAUGUGCAAGAUCCUGGGCAAGGACUUUCAGCAGUACCUGCCCGUGGUCAUGGGGCCACUUCUGAAAACCGCCUCGAUGAAGCCGGAGGUGGCCCUGUUGGAUGCCCAGGACAUGGAGGAGAUGGAGGACGACAGCUGGGAGUUUGUGAGCCUCGGAGACCAGCAGAGUUUCGGGAUAAAGACGGCCGGCCUCGAGGAGAAAGCCACCGCCUGCCAAAUGCUGGUUUGCUACGCGCGCGAGCUGAAGGAGGGCUUUGCGGAAUACACGGAGCAGGUGGUGAAGCUGAUGGUCCCGCUACUCAAGUUCUACUUUCACGACGGCGUGCGCAUGGCUGCGGCAGAGUCUCUGCCGCUGCUGCUGGAGUGUGCGCGUAUCCGCGGCCCCGAGUACCUGGCUGAGAUGUGGCACUUCAUGUGCGGAGACUUCAUCAAGGCCAUCGGCACCGAGCCGGACUCCGACGUCAUCUCGCAGAUCAUGGAGUCCUUCGCCAGGUGUGUGGAGCUGAUGGGCGAGGGAUGUCUUGACAAAGAACACUUUGUGGAGCUUGGGAACAUCCUGAAGGCAAAGUUGGAGGAGCACUUUAAAAACCAGGAGCUCAGACAAGAAAAGAGGAAAGACGAAGAUUACGACGAACAAGUGGAAGAGACAUUACAAGACGAGGAUAACAGCGACGUGUACACGCUCAGCAAAGUGUCCGACAUCCUGCACGCCAUCUUCACUUGCUACAAGGAGACGGUGCUGCCCUGGUUCGACCUCUUUCUCCCGCUCAUCGUCAGCCUCAUCGACCGAAACCGUCCAUGGGCCGACCGCCAGUGGGGAUUCUGCGUGUUCGACGACCUCAUCGAGUGCUGCGGCCCGGCCUCGCUCAAGUACUCGGAGUACUUCCUGCGGCCCAUGCUGGAAGGCGUAUGCGAGUCGAGCGCCGAGGUGCGGCAGGCAGCCGCGUAUGGUGUGGGCGUGAUGGCGCAGCACGGAGGGCCCGGCUAUGCCCCGGCUUGCACUGAGGCACUGGGGCUGCUAAUGCAGGUGAUCCAGGACUCGCAGUCUCGCGUCAAGGAGAACAUCAACGCCACGGAAAACUGCAUCUCGGCCGUGGGGAAGCUGCUUAAGUUCCGGCCGGACUGCGUCAACACGCAGGAGUUCCUUCCGCUUUGGCUGUCCUGGCUGCCGGUCACUGAAGACAAAGAGGAGGCCGUGUUCUGCUACAACUACCUCUGCGAUCUCAUCGAGAGUAACAACCCGCUGGUGCUGGGCCUCAACAACGCGAACCUGCCGAGCAUCCUCGCCAUCAUCGCCCAGGGGGUGGCCAACGAGGCGACGAGCGAGGACGCUGCCUGCACGGCGCGGCUCGUCAGCGUCGUGCGCCAAGUACAGGCGUCCGGAGAGCUGUGGGCCGCCUGCCUGUCGCAGCUCGACAAGGAGCAGCAGCAGUUCCUCGACAGCCUCCUCAGUGCAGCAUGAGCAGAUUGGGCACGCACGCUUACGCGCACGCACGACCACAGGCACCGCAUGCACGCACACAGAGGGUGUACCUUAGGCUUGGGAGGGGGGCGGGGGGGGGUGAGGGGACGCUGAACGAUACGCCGCUAUCACCGAGCGCCCGCCGGCGAGGCCGUGCCCCUCCUAGCUUGCGGAGUGGCGCUCAGCCCCAGGAGGGGGCGCCCGUUGCCUCUGCCCUCCUGCGGCAUAUUUGCACGCGUGGCGGAUUGACGGCCCGGGACGCUGCUCUUGCCCCGCGAGUUAGUUGGUUGCAUUGGUUGAAGUAGCGUUCAUGCGGCCCAACCUCCCCCCCCCCCCGCCCGCCCGCCCACUGCCAUCCAACCCAGUUGGCUUUGAAGGUUCCCUUUCGUUCGAAGGCUCUUUCAGUUGUGGGUGUACUCAAGUGGUUUGUUCGCAGCAAGUCGGCAAUCAAAAAAUAAAGCAGCAGCAGCAGCAGCUCUUGGGGAAGAGAGGAAAUUGUGAAAAUGUUGUCCUGGCCAAAAAUUGUAUCUCACAGCUAAAGGGGAGGGGUGAGGGAGGUCAAGUGUUGUUCGGGCCAAAGUGGGGACUAUCCCCAACACCCCUGCACUCCCAAGUGUAAUGUUAUUACGACUGCAUCCAUGACUCCCAAUUAAUAUUUAAAGUGUGUCGUGACUGCUACCAUUUAUAUUUUUCAUUGUUGGGGAGUCAAAACCGCUAUUGGAAUCCUGACUUUGUCACUGCAUUCCCCCCUGAGUCUCUUCUUCCCUCUGUCUAGAGCCCGCUGCUUAUUCUGCUGCCGUGCGUGGUUCCAAGAGACACUUUUGUAUAGUAAUGUUUUGCCCUUGCUGCAAUGUGAACAAUGUGAUUGAAUCGGCCUUAGCUCGGAUAACUUUACUGCGUAGUUUAUUUCACUCGGUGUAAUUUAGAUUUUGAUUUCCCGUUGCAAUGUUUGUUAACUAAUAAAAAAAAAAUGUUUAACUAAAUGGGCAUUGCAUUUCAACGGUUGAGUGGAGAGUGCAUCACGGUUGUCCUUUCGCACCUUUCCUCAAGACCACCACCGUCUUGAAGUGAAUAACCUGACCAACACUUCCAUGCUGGGAGAUAACAUUUAUUUUUACAAAUUGCACCGAAAAUGGCAGAACGUCGAAGCACGGGCGAAUUUGAUUUGUAAUUACACAGCAGCAUCCUUGGUUAAAAUGUUACUUUCAUCGGCAAGGCAGUUUUACACACGUUCCUCUUGAAUCGUCCAUCGGUCCACACUCAAUUCAGAAGUGGAACGCACACAAAGGAUGUUGUUCACUAUUAUUAUUAUGACUCCACACGUGCAUGUUGUGGAGGUAUGAUUUGUAGCACGGAAAUCGUGUAGAAGUAUGUUCUGAUUAAACAUUUCUUUUUCGUUAAAUGUGGACUGUCUGCCCAAAACAAAUUUUUGUCCGGGUGUGUAUUACAUGGCCACAAGCACUCAAAGCACACGUGAACGUCUUCAAAUUGGCUUAAAUAUAUAUUUUAAACCCAGUGCGACUCAACGUGGAAUCUUGUGUAGUUUACUUUGUUUCCAAAUCUCUGGUUAUCAAUAUGGCACGGUGGUCCUGACUUCGAUUCUCCACCCUUCAGUUGUCCUCCCAUCUGGCAAGGCACAAGUGGUGCUGGGGGAAAUUUAUUUGCAAAGAUGUCUUGACCCCUGAGUUUUUCACCCCCGCAGCCCGCACAACUUAAUUCAACUUUUGUGGUGGUUUUCGAGAGUUUUUCACCUGCUUAAGAUAAGGUAUUUCUUGUGACCGUGUAAGGCAUUAUAUUUAAGAUUUGGCAGUUUAUUUUGAGCAGCAAAUGUACGCCUUUGCUUACAAAGGUGCACUUUGGUCAUCCAAAUACAGCCCUUAAAUUAUCCGGACUGUCGUUUAAACAUCUGUGGAGCGAUCCCAUUUUAAAAGGAAGAACUUUAUUUUUAAUCACAGUACAAAUAAUUAUAGCCUGGCCACGGCUUGUGGCAAGUACGCAAGAAAACAUUUAUUUUUGUUUAUUCCUCUUGAGGGGAAGAGUAACGUUAAGAUGGGUAGCGAUGUUAAAAUAGAAGGGGAGGGGGGGGAAGAAAUGGAAUUUGAAAUGGUGAUCGCAUUCUGAAAGUGCUAGUUGUUGUGGGUCUCUCUGCUAGAUAGACGGCAUGCACGGUGCCAGGAAGUGUGCAGCCAGGGGUGAUUUUGUUUUGUUCUAUCCUUGUUAAGGGUUUUUGGAUUAAAACCCCCUCUUAGUAUCUUGGGCCUCAACUUUGUGUGUAUCCAGCGUCCAGUUUGUUGUUUAUCCGUCUUAAACAUUGACCGAGGUGUGAACUGAUCAAUUUUUUUUGGAGCCGGAUGGUACGGCGAUUGAAGGUAGCAAAUAACAAUGUGUAUUUGUGGAUGUCACAAAAAAAAACGAUACAAUGUGUAUUUGUGAAUGUCAGAAAAAAUAUAUCGGACAAACUUUCCACUGUUUGGGAGUUUUCCCGUCUUUGUGACUCGUAGUGACGGAUGGGUUGGUGAAUCCUAAAAGUGUUCUGUUUAAAGUCUUAGAGGGGCGUCUAAGCCAAAUGCUUUUUAAUCCGUAUAUAUGCUACAACCAGAGGUGAAACAUUAAUUCCGCUGACAAAACGCUGGCCAGCGAUGUGCAUAGUCAAUUCAGCCCUCCGGGAGGCUUUACUCCCAGACUCGGUGGCGAGAGGUUUUGAAUGAAUGUAAUCCGGUGACUUAAAACAUACACCUGCCUAAUUAAAAUGUUGAACGGUAUACAGUCUGCUGGAAACUGUUGGGAAAAUGCACGCCCUGUUGCGUUUUUGUGUUUGUGUUCAAACGGCUCAUUUGUAUGAUGUACAUGUUAACGCGAAGCGAAAUAUACACACGUUUGACAGUGUAAUUUAAUGGACGUUACGAUUCAGUAAGAUGCAUGUUUUUUUUCUGAAUCUUGAUCCUUCAACGUGACUCCUGCAUCUCCUCAAGUCCGACGAAUUUGUAAGUCAUCCCAAUGUUUUUGGUUUAAUGGCUCUCAUGACCCAAUUCUGACAACUUGUGUUUUGUUUAUUCUUCAUAUAAACCUUUUUGCUAGUCCCCGUCCCGAUCAUUAUGUUCUUGGAAAUUGCAUAACAGGUUGACCAGUUUUAAAAAAUAUAUAUUUUAUUAAAUCCGUUAAAUUCCUCGGGUUAUUGCUUAAAAAACUAAAUCAAUGCUGGCUUUCCAAUCUGCGUUGAGGAGGUGGUUCAUUUUAAUCCAUGAGUCCAGAUGAGAUUACAGUUGUAUGUGCUACUAGAAGUGGCAUAACUUUCGGCGCUUACAAUUUCUUUGCACGGCCCUCUCUGUAACAGCGAAUGAUUGUGAUAACCGUUUGGAACGAGUGGGUCAUUACAUAAUUUACUCUUAAUUAUCCAUAAUAUUCACUGAAGUUUUAUUCGCCUAAGUUGGGUACCGGUUUACACGCUUGGCCUGUGGGCUGUGCGUGUCGGAACGACCAAGAGCUGCAAAAAGAUGGAUUAAUUUAAUAUAAACAUUUCUUUCCAAACAGUCGCUUAGCAAAAAUGCGUAUAACGUUCAUCCAUCCAUCAUCCCUCGUAUGGAUGGGGCGCUGAGAAUCUUGAAAAACAAAGGCCAGCGAGGUUCACCGAUUUCAAGUUCACGAGGCACACGCACGCACGCACAUGGUCCUAUUCGGCUGCGUGCAAGGCCGUUAAAUCCAUAACGGGAACCGGUUACAAUCUUGUAUCGCUUCCCUGCCCUCCUUCAGCUGACGGCAUGUGUUGACAAUAAAUCACGUGUGCAUGCUGCACUCUUCGUUGACAAUAAACCACGUGUGUAUGCUGCACUCUUCGUUGACAAUAAACCACGUGUGUAUGCUGCACUCUUCGUUGACUAUAAACCACGUGUGCAUGCUGCACUCUUCGUUGACAAUAAACCACGUGUGUAUGCUGCACUCUUCGUUGACAAUAAACCACGUGUGUAUGCUGCACUCUUCGUUGACAUUAAACCACGUGUGCAUGCUGCACUCUUCGUUGACAAUAAACCACGUGUGUAUGCUGCACUCUUCGUUGACAAUAAACCACGUGUGUAUGCUGCACUCUUCGUUGACAAUAAACCACGUGUGUAUGCUGCACUCUUCGUUGACAUUAAACCACGUGUGUAUGCUGCACUCUUCGUUGACUAUAAACCACGUGUGUAUGCUGCACUCUUCGUUGACUAUAAACCACGUGUGUAUGCUGCACUCUUCGUUGACAUUAAACCACGUGUGUAUGCUGCACUCUUCGUUGACAAUAAACCACGUGUGUAUGCUGCACUCUUCGUUGACAAUAAACCACGUGUGUAUGCUGCACUCUUCGUUGACAUUAAACCACGUGUGCAUGCUGCACUCUUCGUUGACAAUAAA